CGCGGGCGGAGGCACGUGACGGCAGGAGGCGCGAGGGGGUUUCUCGGAGGAGCCUCGGCGGGCGAGCUGUGCGCGUGGAGCGAGACCAUGAAACAAAAGUGGUUGCUGUGUGCAGCAUUGCUGCUAGUUGGAAACAUUUUUGUCCUUGCUCAUGAAGGAGAUGAUCAUGAUGAUAAUGAAGACGAUGUAAUAGAUAUUGAUGAUGAUCUUGAAGAUGGUGUUGAAGAGGUAGAGGAGCUGAAACAUGAAGUCAGCACUCCACCCCCACUCCCAAAGGUUACUUAUACAGCCCCAGUCCCAACAGGAGAAGUUUAUUUUGCUGAGAACUUUGAUAAAGGAACUUUAGAAGGGUGGGUUCUUUCCAAAGCUAAGAAAGAUGAUACAGAUGAUGAAAUUGCCAAAUAUGAUGGCAAAUGGGAAGUGCAAGAAAUGAUGGAUACUAAACUUCCAGGGGAUAAAGGACUUGUGCUGGCUUCUAGAGCUAAACACCAUGCAAUUGCCGCUAAACUUAACAAGCCCUUUAUCUUUGAUACCAAGCCCUUGAUUAUACAGUAUGAGGUCAAUUUCCAAAAUGGAAUUGAGUGUGGUGGUGCAUAUGUGAAGCUGAUCAGCAAAGGUCAUGAACAGCACCUGGAUCAGUUCCAUGACAAGACUCCCUAUACAAUCAUGUUUGGACCAGAUAAAUGUGGGGAAGACUACAAAUUGCAUUUCAUCUUCCGUCACAAGAGUCCCAAGACUGGGAAGUAUGAGGAGAAGCACGCAAAACGCCCUGAUGCUGAUUUGAAGAACUAUUUUACUGAUAAGAAGACCCAUUUGUACACAUUGGUUUUGAAUCCAGACAACAGCUUUGAAAUUCUAGUUGAUCAAACAGUUGUAAAUAGUGGGAACCUGCUGUCUGAUAUGACCCCUGCUGUGAAUCCUCCACGUGAAAUAGAAGACCCAAAUGACCAGAAACCAGAGGACUGGGAUGAGAGAGCAAAGAUUGCAGAUCCAGAUGCUGUAAAGCCUGAUGACUGGGAUGAGGAUGCUCCCGCUAAGAUCCCUGAUGAGGAUGCUGUGAAACCAGAAGGUUGGUUAGAUGACGAGCCAGAGUAUGUUCCUGACCCUGAUGCAGAGAAACCAGAGGAUUGGGACGAAGAUAUGGAUGGAGAAUGGGAGGCACCUCAGAUUGCGAAUCCAAAAUGUGAAUCAGCCCCUGGCUGUGGUGCCUGGCAAAGGCCGACAAUUGACAAUCCCAACUAUAAAGGCAAAUGGAAGCCUCCCAUGAUUGAUAAUCCUAAUUAUCAGGGUAUCUGGAAGCCAAGAAAGAUUCCAAAUCCAGACUUCUUUGAAGACCUGGAACCUUUCAAAAUGACCCCCUUCAGUGCUCUAGGGCUUGAGUUAUGGUCUAUGACUUCGGAUAUAUUAUUUGAUAACUUCAUCGUCUGUACAGACCGGGCCGUAGCUGAUGACUGGGGUAACGAUGGAUGGGGUCUAAAGAAGGCAGCAGAUGGUGCUGCUGAGCCUGGUGUUGUGGGUCAGAUGAUGGCAGCGGCUGAAGAACGUCCCUGGCUUUGGGUCGUCUACAUCUUGACUGUGGCACUGCCUGUGUUUCUCAUCAUCCUUUUCUGCUGUUCUGGAAAGAAGCAACCAAGUGCUGCGGAGUACAAAAAGACAGAUGCACCUCAGCCAGAUGUUAAUGAGGAGGAAAAGGUAGAGGAAAAAGAUAAGGGAGAAGCAGAGGAUGAAGAGGAAGAAGCCAAUGAGGAAAAGCCAGAAGAGAAGCAAAGGAGUGAUGGUGAGGCAGAAGCUGCUAGUCAAGAUGAGGAGGAGGAAGAGGAGGAGGAGGAAGAAGGAGGAGGAGAAGAAGAGGGUGAUAGUAAAUCUGAUAGAAAGGAGGAAGAAAUUAUGAAUAGAUCACCCAGAAACAGAAAACCAAGAAAAGAUUGAAAUAUCUUAAGAACUUGAUCUGAUUCAUUUUCCCCAACAUGGUUUUGGGAGAGGACCUUGGAUACUUUUUGCUGAAACUCAAAAAACCUCAAGAUUCACCAUCCACAGGUUCCUGUCAAAUGCUCUCCAGUGUAAAUGGGUGUUUAGCGGUCAAAUACUUGCAUUGUGUUUUUAAGUAGAAAAAUCCUGUAGAAAAAGAAUGCAUUUAACACAACCCAGCUAUAAAUUUCUGGAAUGUUACAAGAACUAACAUUUUUCUUUGUUUUUAAAUAGAAUGAUAGAAUUGCCAGUCUCAAAACCUUGGCUUAAAUUAAUGUAUUAAUCUGUCAAUGGAAAUGAACACCAACCCUUAGAAAAAUACUACAUAUACAAUUUUAUAUAUUUUUUUGUAAACAUGGACAUUUUUAUUGAACAUUUAUUUCCCUUAGUUUGAUCAUGUUAAAGUAAAUGAGUCAAUGCCAUUACCUUCAUGUUUCCAGUUCAUUCAAUGAAAGCAGAAGUUAAAAUCCUUUAAGAGAAUUUUUUUCAAGUCCUUCUUUCUUGUUGGUGGAAAAACCACAAUGAGGCCAUGAAAUCUAUAUGUUGGCCAUGGGCACUGCCCAGGUUAAACAGUAUUCAUAAUCAGCCUAACUUUGGGAGCAGAUUUUGGUUUAGGGUACAAAGAUUAAGGUUGGACCGUCUUCUUGCUUUAGGCCUUAAAUUGUCUUCAGUAUGAGGUUUGUCUUCUUUCUUUUUACAAUUUCCCCUGUGGUUUUAAAAGCUCCUUCCUCUUUCUAUCUGUUGCUGUGCAAUUACUUCAGAAUGCAGCUUAGUUGCUGUAAACUACAUAUGUUCAACUCACUGUUCAGUCUAUAGUGUGCUUUUUUUUAAAAAAAAAACAAAACCCUGCAAACCUAGAAUUACUUAUUUCUGGGGUCUAAACACUGUGGAAUGGACAGUGUUGCUAAUUUUCUAAUUGUGCCUGUUGUAUGUACAUUCAUUCACAGUGAUCAGGCAAUCCAAAUAGACUUACAUCGAAUGGAAAUAUCAGUAUUUGAAGCUGAGGAAGGAGCAUGUGAAAACUCAUUGGGUCUAUGAAACAUACUGCUAUUCAUGUAUCAAACCAUUGUGAAUGUAGGGAUUUCCAGUUCCAGCUAAAUAAAUUCUUAAAAGUGUAUUGCAUUUGAGUAUCUAACCAUUCAGAAUCCCACUUUGAAUGGAUUGCAGAUGAUCAUCUUAAAUAUCUCUAAAGAUGAAACUCAGUUCUGGUGGUGAGAGAUAGGAGAUAUUAGAAGAAAAAUGCUUCAUCGACAGUAGGCUACUGUUUGCUCAUAGGGGCAAACCUGUUGUAAGUGCACUGAAUACAACACUUCCAAGUUUAUCAGAGAAACCAAACUGAGAAUUUUGCUGCCUGCAAAAUAUGACUGUCGUGUCCAAACAUGUAAUCAUAAAUGUGCUAUGGAGCUUCUUGAUUUAGUCAGUGCAUAGUUUGUUUUUAAAUGAAGCUUUAAAAUCUACUUAAGGACUAUUUUGCUUUUAAAAGCCAGAUUGUUGCAUCUUGUAACAUUUUCUAGUUCCUUGAUUUUUCCACAUGCUGCCGCAUUUGAAGCUACAGAACUUGCAGACUGUGCUUGAAUCAUUUGCUCUUUUUAGUUGUUCAGGCACUGGAUAAAAAUACUGUUCAUAGCUGCCUCGCAUCCAUUUUUUUCUGCACUUGCAUUGGGUAUUUAACAACUCGGAGUUAGAACUAAUUUUAAUGCUUGAGUUAAUGCUGUCUUUUGAAGAAGCUGUUUUAUUCCUUUAUUUUUCCAUAGAACACAUAUUCCUUUCUUUCCAAAAUAGUUGCUGAAAUGAACUUCUUUUUAGAUAAUGUCAGGAGGCAAUGCUUAAUUUAAAGCUAAAGGUGUAAUACGUUUGAUAUUCACAGGGGUUUCUCCAGAAUGCUCUGCUGUUUGCAUGUUUUGGCUUUUUUAUGUCAGCAAAAUUUGCAAAGGCACUACAAUAACUUUUGUUUUUAAAGUUUAUGGCUUGAAAUGUAUUUCAAAAAUCUUGAUCCCAGUGUGUCUUGGUGAAUCCAUAUUACAGAAUAUUCUACACCAGGAAAAUAUAUCUGCUAUCUUGAAGUUAAACAAGAGUUCAUGUAUUAUGAAGUUGUUGAGUUUCCAAAUAAUUGAAGUGCUGUGACUUGAAGGAUGGUUAUUUUUUUAAGUUUGAAGAAAGUAUAUUUGGAUGUAUGAAAUAUUUUGUGCUGAUAGUUGAACUGAUAGCAGGAAAAUAAUUCCAUAUAUUAAGACCAUAUAGAAAAUGUAUUAUUGCACAGAAGGGAUUAGCAAGGUGAAUGGGAUGUUAGACUACUUACUUGAUUUUCAUUUUGUUCAGAAAAUAAAGACCAUCACAGCAGCUUCAAAUCCAUUGGUGUUAGUGUGUUGGGUAAAAGUAGACACUUUUUCAUCAAGAUAACGUUCUUUGAUGAAUAACUGGUCUUUCUGAAAAUAACACUGCAAAGUUGCACAUGUUUAAAAUGCUGAUGUAAAAUGCACUGAGUUUCAUAUGUGGAUGUUGCAGAUGACAGGGGAAUCGUAUACAAUCAACCAUUAAUGAGGAAAAAGUACCCUGGGUCUUGAAAGCUUAGCUCCACUUGAUUUGUGGCAGUAAAUAUGGUGCUUUUUCUUGGCACCCUUCUGCCUUCUCUUCAGCUAUAGUCUUCUAAUGCCAGUAUUGCCUCCAUACAAGUUUCAGAUGCAACCCCCCUUAAAGUGUUGGAAAAAAGACUGUGAUUUUCUCAUAAGUCCUGACUGUUAUAAAAAUGAUAAAUCUGAAGAUGCAGUAUGCAUAUAAAUAUAUUGGUUAAGUUAUGAACAAAUGUAAGCAUACUCUGAUUAAUAAAGAAACAUAAACCAC